AUGCCUCCAAGAGCUAAACCCACCCCGGCCGCAAAACCGAACGGUAAAACGACACCCAAGCAGCCCAGCGGAAAACGCAAGAAAAGUGGCCUGAAUGGAGACUCAGAGGCAACCCCUGCAAGGAAGAAGACAAAAGCGGCAAUUCCGCAGAUCCUGGACGUGGAACUUCUUGCGGCCGAUCUCAACACUGAUUAUUCGAAAAGAAGGAAGAAGCUUAGGCUGCAAAUGCCCAAGAAAAAGGAAUGGGGAAGAGUAAAAGAUAUUAUUACCGAGCGAGAGAAUGCACCUAGAGGUUGGAACUCAGAUGAGCCUGAUCUAUUGUCCGAUGACUUCGAAUCUCAGAUCGACCGGUGUGUUGAGCGGAUUGCAACGAAUAUCAUGCCUCAUGUCUAUCAACAUAAAAUGAAAGAAUUUAUGCAAAGGCAGGCAGACCGCGAUGCACUGAUGGCCACAGAGCCAGGGCUAAGUUGGCCUGUUGUACAACGCCUAGAGGAUCUCAAACUUACUUUGACUUGGCUCGAGACAGGAAACGACGUACACAAAAUGGUCGAUACGGUGAAAGCUAUCAUAGCACAAUAUCGAACAGGUGAAUUAGAUUGGCAUCCGGACUUUGUCACCUAUUGGCAUGCUGGAGUUCAGCUCUGCCUGCCGAGACCUUUUCACUGGGAUGAAUACCGCCACAUACAUGACAAAAGUCGGGGACAUGAAGGAUUUUGGGUCGAAGGUAUUCUCGGACCAGGGCCUGGAAUGAGCAAGGCUUCGAUGGUAUGCCAACCGGAUCCGCAAUUGAAUGCCACAAUGGUGAAACUUAGCCUUCGGCUCCCGCGCACUCUGGCUCCGGCGCCUGCAGCUGGAAAUCCCCCACCCCCCAGACCGCCAUGCUGUGAAUUCUCGUUUAUGGAUGACACCGGGUCUACACAUAUGAAUAUUUUUGAAGAAGACCUCGAGGCUCUUCAGGUUGAUCCACGCACUGGAACCAAAUUCCCCAUGCCCCGAUGCCUGGGCGUUGGGGUUCUUUAUGUCGCAGAUGGGAGGCGUAUCCCAUCGCUAUUUAGAGAAUUCGAAGUCAAUAUGUGGAGUGAAGAUGAAUCAGACUGGAUGGCCUCCAACUGGGAGGCGAUACCAGCUUCUAUCCAGCCUGGUAGAUCAACGAGGGGUGGCAAUGACCGUUUGAGUGGGUCAUGGCUGCGACACAGGUUCUACACUGGAACCUCUCCUGAUCAGUCGAUGCGUCUUUGGGUUUUUAACUAUAACCCGGGGAUGCCAGAUGGUCAGAGGACUCUCCCUACCGCAACGCCGACAGAAUUGGCCACGCCCUUCCGAACUGGAAGGCUUCAUCCUGUUACAGAGUUUCCUCAUCUGGACCCAACUCUCGCAACAGGCCAGAGUUUGGUCUGA